GGCAUUCGGUAGUUACCCGUAAACAACAUGGAGGGUAGUAAGUCAUGUGGAAAUUUUCAUUGCCCAUUUUUAGUGAUGUUAUCAAACUUAAAGAAUAAGUCAUAACGUACUCUGAAAUAAAAAAUUUAAAAUGUAAAUAAAGUAACAAAGGUCAUUGACAAAAUUGGCCAGUCGAGGAGUAAAUAUCUGUAAAAUGAAGAAUUCUUGCAACUGGUCAAAAGAGGAUUAUUUCCCAGCAUUAAUACAUGCAGACAAAAGAUCUCACCAAGCUUUGGAAUUUUUUGUUGAUGAUCUCCAUUCGGAAAAAGAGGCUACAAUAACAACAUUUCUUAGCCAUUCUGGUGCAGAGGAUUUUUUAUGGGGUCUUGCAAAACUACUUGGCAGUGAGAGUCCAAGAGUUGCAGGAAAUGCAGCAUACAUUAUUGGAACUUUGGCUGAAUCUGAGCUUGGAUGCUACAGAAUUCUGGGUCUAUCUAAAAGUCCUCAUGCCGAAAGUAAAAGAAUAUUACCUGACCUGACAAAUAUGUUAGGCUUUGAUGAUUCUGAGAGUGUUAUGAAUGCUGCUGGAACUAUGGGAACUUUGGCUGAGAGUCAUGAAGGCCGAGAAUGGAUGUUAAGUGAGCCAUGCCUUAAUGAUAUGUUAACAAGAGUCACGUUUCUCUUACAUGCUGAAAACAUGUGGACAGCCAGCAAUGCUGCUCUGGUCUUAGCUAGAUUAAGUAUAUCCGAAAAUGGUUGCCUAAGUGUGCUUAAACAUGAUAAUUCACAACAAAUUUUGUCAAAGAUAGUACAGUCACUUGGUGUUGAUGAAGCAGGGAGAGGUAUGAAUGCAGCAUUUGCUAUUGGAAGACUGUGUGAUAUGGAGGAAGGAAGAAAAAGACUACUGCAACUGGUGGAGUCAGAGAGAAUGAUAUCUGCCUUAGCCAAGAUGUUAUGUUGUGAAGACACUGGUGCUAGUAAAAAUGCAUGUUUUGCAUUAAGCUGUCUUGCCACAAAUCCUGAGGGCCAUACAAGAAUCCUUAAUAAUCUCCAUUCUGAUGAUGUCAUUAAUACUCUAACCAAUCUGUUAAAUGCAGAGGACAGUGAAACAGGCUGGUUUGCAGCCAUGACACUGAGAACACUUGCUAGUCAACCUCGAGGCUGUCUGAGGCUUAGAGAACAUUCUAAAGUUGUUCCUUCAUUAAAGGUUGUGUCUUUAAAGGAAGAUAUUAAUGCAGAUUUGAAAGAAGAAGCAUGUAUAACAUUAGAAAUAUUAAAGAAAUUAGAAAAACCUUCACCUCCAAAUGUGGAAGUGGUUGGUUCAAAUAUGGUGAGGUGUUUAUGGGAUCCUAUCUCUACAAAAAGUGGAUUCCCUGUAAGGUACCAGAUAUUUGACGGUACAAAAUGUGUCUAUACGGGUAAAGAAACACAUUGUGAUGUAACUGGUUUACAUCCAUGCGCACAAUACUCAUAUAAAUUACGGGCAUAUACAGAAGGAGACGAAAGUCCAUUUAGUGACCCUGUUUCUAUAGUAACUGAAGAAGCUGUACCUACAGCACCUCAGAAUAUAAGAAUUGUAGGAUACACAAUAUCACAGUUAAAAAUUGGAUGGGAUCCUCCAGAUCAGAUAAAUGGUACAAUUAAAGGUUACCAUGUAUAUUUAGGAGAAAAGGUGCAUGAACAUACAACAGAACUGCAAUGUAUCAUUUCUGGUUUACAACCCAGUACAUCAUAUGAAAUAUCGAUAAGUGCUUCAACUUCCAAGGGUAAGGGAGAGAAGGCCCACAUUACUGGGACUACAUCAGAUUUAGGUGCUCAUGCCCCAUCAAAACCUCAUGUUCAGGUGAUAGGAAGAAAUGAACUCCAUAUAUCCUGGGAACCACCUGAACAACCACUGGGGAAAAUUAAUCGGUACGACUUAUCCAUGAAUAAUAAAGUGGUAUACUCUGGGACGGAUCAUGCCUUCACUGCCAGAAGACUUACACCUGAUACAGAAUAUAAUGUUGUGGUAACUUGCCUGACAAAUGAAGGGAAAUUUGAAAGUAAACCAACGAAGAAAAGGACAGCCAAGGAUGAAUAUGAUCCAGAUAGACCGCCCCUGUAUCAACCUCCGUCUGAAAGGAAGGAUAGUAUUAGUGCGGACAAACCACAACCAAUAUUGACAAAGAAAAAGACUAGUCUUCUUGAUAAGAAAAGAGUUUCAAGUGCUAAACAUCCAUCAUACAAAGAAAGAAGUAGAACACCUGGCGAUACAUCAAUCGGUAACCGUCCAACAUCAGCAAAAAGUGAAACAUCUUCAGCAUUGCAAGAUAAACAGUCAAGUGAACAGCACGAAAACUACCAGCGACCUCUUAGGGUAACAUUUGCAGAUGAUCAUGAAGUAUUGCCACUAAGAGACCAAAUAAGAGUUAUUACUCCUAAGAAGAGUGACUCACGACCAAGUUCUCGAAAGCUUAAUGGAAUGUAUUCACCAGCAUUUCGGGAGCAAAAGCAUUAUCAACAAAAACAAAAUGGUCAAAAAACAGACAAGAAUUCAGUGAUGAAAUUUACAGUACCAUUAAGUAUGAGUCGUGUCUCAAUGCAAGAUGACCCAGAUAAAAAUUCAGAAGUUGUUCAUGAAAGUAUCAAACGUGGUUUAUCAUUUGUCGAACAAAGUAAUAGUAAUUCAAUGAAAGUAGAAAGGUCAAGGACGUUUGUAAAUAGUGGUAGAUAUAGAACUAGAGGGCAGAAAAUUGAAGCUAUGCUAGGUAAUAGUACAAAAAUUAACCCAGAUUUGAUACCCACUGCAGUAUCUGUUGAAAAAUUUAGUGUUCAUCAAAUUCAACCUAAUGCUAGUGCAGGAACUACAAAAGAUUCUUAUAAACCAAUUCUUAAUGAUCUGCCUCCUACAAAGCAUAAACACCACAACAACAGUGAUAUAAGAACAUGUGAAAAACAUCCAGAAAAAGUCCAAAGUUCAAUUGAAAGAUCACGAAAUUCAAUGGAAAGACAUCAUAGUACUUUAGAUACUAUAAGGACCUCAACAGACAGAGUGCAUAGUUCGUCUACUAGGCACCAAGAUAAAAUGAGAAACUCACAGGAAAUGAAACCUUUACCUAAACCUAAACCUCCUAGUCAACAAUAUUUAAAAGAAUCAGUUUCAAACACUCCCCUUGGUUCACGAUCUCUUCCUAGUCCUAGAACCUCAAAAGAAUUUGCUAGAGAAUUUGAUCACCAUGAUCCAGAAUGGCUGACAAGACGCUUCUUAGAUUUACCUACUCGGAUCCCAAAGAAUUUUUUGUCCCCAUCGGGACACCCCAGUGACAGUUCAUACUUCCUGGAUAUGCAGGAAGCAUUUAUCCAGCGACAAAAUACUUAUGUAAAUUCCCACAGAUUAAGCCCAGCCAAAUCCAAUAAGUCAAGUGACUAUGACAGAGGCUCCCGAGAAUCCUCGGUUACACGACUACCAAGCAUAACCCAGAGAAAUAAGAGACCUAUUAAUAAGAAAUCCAUGGAAAGGUUGGGAUCGAAGAGUACAACUAGUUCUUCCAUUCCAUUAGUACCUAAUGCUACCUUUGGUUUAGAUCUGCCAGAUAACAAGACCCCGCAGGCUGAAUGGAACAGUAAAUUUAUACCCAUGCAGUUACGAACUCAACCAGCAAAUUUAGGAAUGAACCAGUUACAGAGGAUGAAUACAAUUAUAGCUGAUCAUAGAGGAGGAUAUCCCAUCGAUCAGAAGAAUCGUGUACAGUUCAAGCGUGUAGAAGCCCUGGCCAGAAGUCAUACCACUUUGGAUAUGAAACCUCCAGGUACUCCUACCUUGGCAGAUCAGUUGGAACAAUUUCCCAUAAAAUCUGCUAAAGAAACAAGUAGAAGUGCUGCAGGACAUAAAUCCAAAAGAACUCAAAACAAACUGGUAAAUACUAGUGUUCAGCGUGGGGAACCAGAUUCAAUACUGUUACAGCAAUCUUGGGCAGUUAAUACAUCUCUUGCCAGUGCAAGGUGACCAGUCUAGCUUCCAGAAAUAUUACUGAAUGCAAAAAGAGACAUAUUUUGUGGAUUUUGAAAAAUAAUGGUUGGAUAAUUUAGAAUUUUAAAUGGAAAGGUCUUAUUUUUGUUAUACCAGCAUUAAUGUCACAUGUUUUAGGGAGAUAUUUAAUUUUAUAAUUUAAGGGCUAUAAUUUAAGACAACUAGUAUAUUUACAUUUUUCGAAAUUUUGAACAGAUUAUAUUUCAAAUCGAAAACAAAAAAUAAAUAGUAUUCCUUUGUGGCUUUUUAACAAAGAGGGAAAAUUUUACUUAGAAAAAGUAUUUUUCAUAUACCUAAUAACUAACAUUGUUAGUUAUGCAUAUAGAAGAAAUGGUGCUAGACUUUAGUGCCUUAGUCACACUCUUGUCGUUUUUCUUCAGUAUUCUUAAAAACCUUUACACAAUUAUUAUUAUUCAGGAGAAAGAGUGUUUUCUUUAGAAAAUAUCUUAUGACGUUACAUAUUAAUAAUUGUUGUACCAAAUUCGAAACUGCCAGACUAGGAUGCUGAUUAUACAGUACUACAAGCAAGAAUUGAAAAAUAAUUAAUGGUCAUUUCCACAAUUUUUGACAGAGAGCACCCUAAUUUCUUUAAAAUUCUUGAAUCAUUUUAAUCAUUUGCCUUAUUGAUAUUAUUAUGACGUUUAUUCAAAGAUAAAAUAUUUACUGAUACUUCAGUACACAUUUCUUCUCGUAUCAUUAGAGAAAUCUCAUUGAGUCUGCCCAACAAUAUAUGACAGGAGUAAUGUGUUAUGCUACCAGAAUUUUCAACAGCCAGAUAUCCUAUUAAAAGUCUUUUUUAUGAUGAUGUUUUUCUAUAAUUUUCCAAUAAACUAUCAGUGUUUCAACAGUUGAAGAAAUCAAAUCAUCGAUGAAUUGAUUAGAUUUAACAAAAUUUCAAGCUGUUUGGUUAUUCUAUUUUGAGUGGAUACACAAGUUGUGUCUAUUUUGUCUAUUUCUACUUGACACCUUUUAAGUAAAUUGUGGUUAAAGUAGGGGAAACUGCCAUUUUGAAUAUUUUUUCUUCUAAAAAAUGGGAAAAUGGGAAAUUUUAUUUGUUCAAAACAAUUUUUAAAUUUGGAAGGCAUCCUUCAACAUCUGGAAAAAUUUAUACCUUUGUUGUUGACAGUAAAUAUUUAUCUCAGAUAACAGUAACAAAAAUUGUUUCCUUUAAUUUAAAAAAAAUCCUGAUGUGUCGACAUUAAAAGCACAGCUUCAUUGGAUGAAGAGUGUAAACAAAAAGGACUGUUGAUAUAAGACAUUCUUACCUUUUAAAAAGGUAUAGGUCUUAUAAAAAGAAGUUGGGGGUUUCUAAUUCAACAAUGAUAGCAAUGAAAAUCCAGAUUAUGUUUGACUAGUGUAUGAAAGUUUUGCAAUAUGAAUGUGAAAAUUCUCUUUUAUCAUGAUAUGAAUUCAAAAUAUUCAUUAAAAUGUUUCUGCAAUAAAAAGAAUUCAUUGAACGUGAUUGUAGGUAUAUACUUGUAUUCUGUCUUUUAUGUGUUCCUUCUAUCCCUCAUGGUGCUCUUUACAUAGCAUUCAGAAUAGUUCACUCUGGUUGAAGAGAAUAAUCACCAAGGAAUUACAAUGUUGUCACCAUAGUUUAUCCAUGAAUUAACUUAACAAAGAUUAGGAGAAAAUAGACAGAAAGUGAUCUUUACUGGUCUAUAUGUACAUUUGAAUUGUGUGCUAAUUCUGACAUUGAUUCUUUUAUAAAUCAAAUUUUAUUAUGAUUUUUUUUUACACCAACAAACUUUAGCAAACUAUUUAAAAGGUUAGUUUGAGUGUAAACACAUCCAAUGAUACAAACUCAUGAUACAUCAACGUUUCCAAUAAGGUAGAGUUUGAAUUAUAAGUUGUUUCAAUCAGAUUUGUGGAUUGAUGGCAUAGAGCUGAUAAACAUGCAACUGGAAUAUUCUUUUCCUUAAACUCACUGAGAGCAAUUUGUAUGAAGAAUGUUUCACCUCAAAAAGCUUUUAAAGCAUACAACAAUUUUAUAGAUUACCAGACUUUUACUUUUGUUUUGUUAUAACACAUGAUUUUAUUUGACUGUUAUAUAUUACAGCUGAAUAAUUUUAGUGUGUAGUUGUUACAAAAAAUUGGAGUUUCUUCUUUAGGUAGAUCAACUGCAAAUACCUAACAAAGUAUGGUAAAUGUAGAAUCUAUUUGGUCAAAUUUGAUUUGUAAGCUGGUAAUUUUUGAUUGUCUGUCUAGUAUUAGGUUGUAAAUAUUUGAGCAAUCAAACUUAAUCUUGUUGUUUCAUAUAUAUUUUUGAAUAGUUUAACUAUAAAAGGGUUGAUUUUCUGAUUUUAUAUAUUUCAACUCACUUUUUCAGAAUCUGAAGUAAAGUGGGUAAUUUCAUUGCUAUUAGACUUAAAUGAAAAUACUGUAACCUUAUCUGUUAGUGUUCCAUUGUUGUCCAGGAUCUUCAAGCAGUCAAAUUUUUUAUACAUAUUUUUCAAUCAAUCAAAAAUUCAAUGUAUGUUUUUUUUCUAAAAUAAAUCCUAGAUCCAAUAAUUUCUUAGUUUUUUAAAAGUUGUAUUUGUCUACUGUCAUAAUUUAGUACAAUUAAAAAAUUUGGCAAUAUAUAUGAAUUGUUGUUUUUUUUUUAUAAUUGUUAUUACACAUGUUUUUUGUCAUGUUUUGUGAUGAAAUGUGUUGUUCAGUGUUUAUAUGAUAAUGAUACUUUUAUGGAACAUUUUACUUAAAUAUUAAUUAUAUCUUGUAUAUUUCUUUGUUAUUGACUUGAAUAGUGCAUUUUAUUUUCAUAAUUGUAUUUAAAUUUGUAUUAGAUUUUAUCAUCAAUUUUAUAUGUAUUUCAUUUUUUAGAGAUCUAUGCUAUCUUAUAUGUAUAAACAUAUUUACAAAUGCAUCAGAUUAAAAAGCUUUGAGGAAGAAAUGUAUAUAAUAAUAUUAUCAAACUUUACAAGUAACUUUGUGAUGGUAGAAGAAAUAUCAUUGCCUGUGAGACAGCCACCAACCUAAGACCAAAACCUCUGCAAAUAAACAACUACAUGUGUAAUGCCAACACAAAGAAUAAAGAAACAAUGAAAUUUCAAAAUGUGAAAUAAAUCAAUUCGUUACUAAUGGAAUUAUAGAUGUCAAUAAAAUUGAGUGAAACGCAAAAUAUAAGAGAACUACAAGCAAUCAUUACAGGCUCAUGACAGGUAUAUUAGUAUGGGCAUGUGUGUUAGGCUCAUGACUUGAAACAGGGCAUGUGCCUUAGACUGUUUGUGUUUGUUGUGUAUUCAAUGGUUUGUGUUCCCUAUCAGGAGUUUCUUGAUAGAAGGUUACUGCUUACAAGGAUCUUUUGCAUCAAAAGUUCCAAAUGGUAAAAUUUAAAUCAUUCCUUUACAAAAUUUUACAAAAUUUUAGGACACCAUCAUGAUUUUGUUAUGGAAUAUAUAUGUGUCACAGAUAAUCGAGAAUAUGUUCCACUAAAAUCCUGUCCUCUUUUCUUUGAUUGUGAGAUUACCGAAUGCAACCUUUCACUAAUAUUACUUGCAAUGAGUAACAUGACUGUUACCCUUAAGGAGCAUCUGACUUCAGCUCAGGUUUUGGGUUGGGUUCACAUUACUUUUUCGGUGUAAUGUUUUGUUAUUGUUGUUUUUCUUUUUGAUCGUGGUGUUGCCUGUUUUGUCUUGUAAAACAUGGUAUGUCUUGUUUUUAGAUACAUGUUAAUUGUGCAUGAUUAUGGAUUAAUUGAGGCAAAAAAUAUGUCUGUAAUUUAGUCAUUCAUAUAAAAAUGAGGAAAAAAAACAUGAUUAUUUCUGGAAAAAAACAUGAAUUGUUAAAAAGAUAGCCAUUUUUUCUUGUUCAUGGUUCUGUUUAAUCUGAUGUAUACAUAAACUAUUUUGUAGACACCUCACUGAUUGUAGCUGCACAAUAAAAUGAAAUUCAAUCUUAA